AUGGGAGGGUGGUAUCGGUUUUCUGAUAUGUUUAUCUUUCCACCUUUUCAGUUAGUUGAUUAUGGUCAUGAUGGAUGUCUUUUGAUGCUCCAAGUCUGUUUGGAUGAAGUGCUGUUGAAUGACAGGGAGGCCAAAAACUUGCAGUUGAAGCAUGAUCUUUUAUCCUCUACUUUCAGAUAUUGUCUGGAUAAAUCUUACUUCAGCACUUGUUUCUGUGAGGCACUGAUGCGGAUAAAAACUGCUACAGAUGGCCUCCUUGAGACUCUGUCGAGUGUAAUGGAACUCUCAGCAGCCGAGAAAGUCGGUAUUGGUCUUGCAUUGUCAGAUUCUGAUAAUUCAGGCAUGAAGCUGAAAGGGCAACAAUUUGCAAUUGCUCAAAUUGAGGAGUUGUGUUUGAAUCCUGAUCAAUCGAUACCAAACGACCAAAUUCAUGAAAUUGUCGUCUUCCUUCACCAGACCGAUGGCCUGCCAAAGCAUAUAGAUACUUUUAGUAACAUUGCUUCUCUUCUAGAAGUUGGACAGAGUCCUGUUUUUGCUCCCAUCCCCAAGGAGCAGUAUGAUGCUCAGUCAAUAAAUCCUUCAAGACAUUUGGAGAUGUACUUAGAUAGCACAAAUGAUGACUUCGAGUCACUUCUUUCUGAAAUUGGGAAAGAAAUAAGUAUGGCGGACAUCGUAAUUGAGUUGGGUUAUGGAUGCACUGUUGACAGCACACAGUGUAAGGAAAUACUAUCCACUUUUCAGCCUCUUGAUGAUUUGGCAAUAUCUAAGUUGCUCGGGGCAGUUAUUGGCACUCAAAAUAGUCUCAGAGAGGCCCAUAACACUUAUGCAACCUUUGUAUCUGCUAUUCGGAAUACCCACUUGAGUGAGUCACCCCAGUUAACUACAUGGAACACGGAUGUUCUUGUGGAUUCAAUCAACAAAUUGGUCCCAAGUACUAAUUGGGUGCAUGUUAUGGAAAACCUUGAUCAUGAGGGUUUCAGUAUUCCUGAUGAAGCAGCUUUCUGUUUACUGAUGAAUAUAUACGGCCGUGCUUGCAAGGCACUUCCGGACUUUGCAAGUCUUAUUCCAGGAGGGUAUUACUCGAUGAGCUGCAUCAAGGAUGUUCCAAACCUUAGAGGUGACAACUACACUGAAUAG